GUUGAAUAACAGCUGUGUUCAGCCUGCAGUCUGACUUAAGAAAACAACAAACGAGUCGCUGAAAAAUGUUAAAACCGAAAGCUCUUACUCAAGUAUUAUCUCAAGCGAAUACUGGUGGAAUUAUUAGCACUUUACUUUUGAACACAGAAGGGGCGUUGCUGGCUUAUAGUGGAUAUGGAGACAAAGAUGCCAGAGUGACUGCAGCAAUAGCUAGCAAUAUCUGGUCUGCAUAUGCAAAAAAUGGAAAAGUAGCUUUCAAUGAAGACAUCUUAGAAUCUGUCCUUCUUGACUGCAUGGAUGGGAAAGUGGUGAUAGCCCAGGUUGCUAAUUUACUCUUGUGCCUCUAUGCCAAAGAAAAUGUGUGUUUUGGCAUGCUUCAUGCAAAAGCAAAAGCAUUAGCUGAUUAUCUUGAUUCUCCUCUAAGACAAGUUGCUGCAUCAUGAACAUUUAUCAAAUAAAAAUUUGGAUCUCUAAACAAUUACUGAAGCUGUGAAGCAGAGUUGUGUAUUGCACUUGUGAAUAAAAGCAACACUUGUGAUCAAAAACAUGUCAAAA